AUGACCGCCACAACUAAAUUCGUUGCAACCGCCAGGGCCCCGACCCAUCCACAGACCCUCGUCCCUCUCGACGCCACCACUGACCACCGAAUCUGGCGACCAACCCACAAGGUUUUGGGACUAGAGCUUAUGCGUCGUUGCUUUUGGUUUGUUCUAGGGUUUGGAUCUUCUUUGCCUUGUCUGAUGCUUAUUGUGGACCAGCUUGCAAAACUCAAACUCUCGGCCAACGAGGAGAAAGGGGUUGAAUUAUCUAAGGAGAAUGUUGUUUUGAGUGAGGCUAGAGAAAUAGAGAGUGAGGGUAUUGUGCUAGUGAAUAGAAAGGAGUCUAAUAAUUUGAAUUUGGGGUCUGAGGAAGUCAGUGACCAAUAUCUGGAUGAGAUGUGGGUCAAAGAGAGAGUUCAGGAACUUCAUGUUUUAAACAUAUCUAAUAUUGUGCAUGUGGACAUUGUUCCUGCUUCCAUAGGGGAAAGGUCAGUUCAAAGGAGGAAGACAACCUCUACUACGAAGCCUAGAGGAGAAUCUGGUCUUAACUCUGAAACAAUGUUAACUGAUUUUGUGGGGAUUGCUGAGCAAGAUAUUAAAGUGAAUGCUCUCUUUUAUUGA